UAAGGUGAAGAGAGAAGUUCAUGCACUUUCUGUAUUGUAUCACCCUGGAAUUGUUAGAUACUACAAUUCUUUCAUUGAUUGUGCUCCUGUUGGGUGGGAUGAUGACAAUGCAAUGGAUGAGCCUUCAACUUCUUUUGGUCAAAGUAACUUAUCAUCAGUGCAAUCUGCCCGGACAUUAUCUCCUGUUGGUGCUAGCAUUAACACUAGUGGUACUGAGUCUUCUUCAAUAGAGUUUAGAGAUGACAGUUCACAAAAGAAUAGGUCACAGGAGAAAGGCAUUCCUACACAUACCAAAGUAACUGAUGAAACACUGACAGAUGAUGCGACAGAUGAUACAACACCCUAUUCCUCCUUAUCUGGCUAUCAGAAAUACCUGUUUAUUCAAAUGGAAUUAUGCCAGAGAGAAACAUUAAGGGAUUGGCUGAGUAAAAAUGUUCGCAAUCGUUAUCGAAUCAAAGUGUUUAAUUAUUUUGAACAGAUUCUUGAUGCAGUGAUAUACAUGCAUGACAAAGAUUACAUACAUCGUGACUUAAAGCCAUCAAAUAUAUUAUUUGCUAUGAAUGACAGCAUUAAAGUUGGUGAUUUUGGCUUGGUGAAACAAAAUGCAGCUACUAAGCACAGUGCUCCCCAAACUGAUGUUCAGGGUAGUCAUACUAGUGAGAUCGGAACUUCGUUUUAUGUUAGCCCUGAGCAGGAAGCUGGUCAUCGGUAUAAUGAAAGGGCUGACGUUUAUUCGCUUGGAAUAAUUUUAUUUGAACUUUACUUUCCUUUUAGCACAGUAAUGGAAAGGGCUAAAGUGUUAGGAGAUGUAAAGAGUAAUAGAAGACUUCCAAAGGAAUUUAAAGAAAAUCUUCAUAAUGAAGCAAAACUUGUGGAGCUGAUGUUAAAGCCUAUUUCUGACAGGCCAUCUUCAAGCGAGAUAAAAGAAAUUGAUGCGUUCAAGCAAAUGAAAGACCAAGCCGAGCUAAAUUGUGAUUUUAUGCUGUUAAAAUUUUAGAUUUAAACAAUUAUUAUUACUGUUAUAUUAGAUUGUUCAUAGAUCCAUAUCUCUGGAUUGUUAUAUGAGUUAUUAUUAUUAUAGUACAUUGUUAUGAUUAUUUUU